AUGGUGACUGGCAUUGAAGCUGCUGGUGGUGGACAGGGCAAUGGGAUCGGGAAAAGAAGUUGCUUUUGCAGCAAGGAAGAUUUUUUGCCAGAGGAGUCAUUCAAGAGCUGGGGAAACUAUGUUCAUGCACUGGCCAACACAAAAACAAGGCUCACAGACCGUAUCCUGGCACGGUCCAUGGACCAUCAGGAGCUCGAACAAAUGCGUGCACGUAGCCACAAUCAGAUGAAGAAAACCCUCAAUUGGUGGGAUCUCAUUUGGUUCGGCAUUGGAGCAGUCAUGGGGGCAGGAAUUUUCGUGCUAACCGGUCAGGCAGCUAGGAACGAUGCUGGCCCUGCAGUAGUAAUCUCUUAUUUCAUAUCAGGUGUUUCUGAACUACUAUCAGUGCUGUGCUACACUGAGUUCUCAGUGGAACUCCCUGUGGCUGGAGGCUCAUUUUCCUAUCUUAGAGUAGAACUUGGUGAUUUUGUGGCCUAUAUUGCUGCUGGAAACAUCCUUUUUGAGUAUGUAGUAGCAGGUGCUAGUGUGGCAAGGUCAUGGACCUCAUACUUUGCUACAUUGUGCAAUCACAAUCCCAACGAUUUUCGAAUCAACGUGCCAGCCCUUGCCGACAACUUCAACCAUUUAGACCCGAUUGCCGUCGUUAUCUCCAUUUUGGUUUGCAUCGGUGCAGCCUUGAGCAUGAAGGCCUCGUCUAGAUUCAAUUCGGUUACAACUAUCGUCCAUCUGGUGGUUUUGGUUUUCAUCUUCAUUACCGGCAUGACCAAGGCCAACCCUGCUAAUUUCACCACAAACUUUUUACCAUUUGGCUUCCGCGGUGUCUUGAAAGCUUCAGCGGUUCUCUUCUUUGCUUAUAUAGGAUUUGAUGGUGUGGCAACCUUGGGGGAGGAGAUUAAAAACCCUGGUAGAGAUAUCCCGAUUGGGCUGAUUGGCUCAAUGUUGGUUACCAUAACAACUUAUUGCGUCCUUUCAGCUACGUUGUGCCUGAUGCAGCCAUACAGCCAAAUUGAUGCUGAUGCCUCAUUCACCAUGGCCUUUCAAGCUGCAGGUAUGAAUUGGGCAAAGUACAUUGUUGCCUUGGGAGCAAUUAAAGGCAUGACAACAGUCCUGCUAGCCAACCUCAUCGCUCAAGCUCGGUAUUUCACUCACAUUGGGCGCACCCACAUGGCACCACCAAUCCUGGCAUCCAUCCACCCAAAAACUGGCACGCCUGUGAAUGCCACGGUUAUUAUGACUGUUGCAAACUCCCUUGUUGCCCUCUUCACAAGCCUUGAUGUCCUGGCAAACCUUCUUUCUAUAUCAACCCUGUUCAUCUUUUCCCUUGUUUCCUUAGCACUGAUCGUACGACGAUACUACGUUACUGGCGAAACAUCAACUUCUGACAGAAACAAACUCAUUGGAUUCUUGACAUUAAUUGUAGGAUCAUCGAUUGCUACUGCUGUUUAUUGGGUGCUUAGCCAGGGUUGGAUUGGCUAUGUUGUGACAGGCGUACUUUGGUUUGCUGCCAGUUUAGGCUUGCAAUUGACCCUCAAACAAGCAAAGAAACCUAAACUGUGGGGGGUGCCAUUGGUUCCUUGGUUGCCAUCAGCUAGCAUUGCAUUCAAUGUUUUCAUCUUGGGUUCUAUUGAUGUACCUUCAUUCAUAAGAUUCGCAAUUUGGACGUUAGCUUUGCUCGUCUACUAUAUAUUCGUUGCGCUGCAUGCUUCAUAUGAUGCAGCAAGGGAGACUGAUAGAGUAGAAGCUCAAGCUAGUCAAGCUAGUCAAGCAACCAACAUGGAGGCUGGGACUAGCUAAACCACUGGAGUAGGCUGAGAAUAUGAGAGAUGCGAGCAAAGCCAUCCUCUUCUUGUAUUGUUUCUGUACAGGUCCAGAACUCAAUUCACUGUUCUUUUUUCAUUCAGGGAUAUUGUACCCAAAGUUGAACAUUGCAAGUCUCCAUUGUU